UCGGAGCACACACCACGCGUUCGCUCGGUUUUCCCGCGUUGCGAUUUCGCAAAACUCCACCUCGAUUUUUCGAGCGACGGUCUCUCUCCUUCAUCAGUUGUUUCCCCUCAAACGAGUGCUCUUGUGUCAUAGUAGCGGGAAUUUCAACGCCAUUCUCAAUCUCGCGAAAUUUAAAGUUUCCUCGAAAUUUUGAAGAAUUCUUCAACCCUCCCAAAUAUUUCGAAAUAAUCCUGGAUAGUGUGAUUUUUCGGUAAAGGUCGAAAAAAUCCACGUACUCGCUUUUAAUAACAUUGCUUCAUUUGUGAUUUGAACAACUGUACACGCAAGUAUUCGCGAGUGUUACCGCCGUUUUGCGAACAGAAUAUUUGUUCUAUCAGGCAUCUAGAAAUUAUCCCCAAGUUUCUUUAUAAAUCUCGCGAGGCAAUAUUUAUCACCGCCUCCAUGCACCGAUCCUCAGUCACACAUCAAUUUUAUCGCAUCUCGUAAAAUUGGAGUGAUUUUACUGUGUUCUAAAUAAUUAACCGCAAGUGUUGGCUCCGUCGAAACAGCUUUUUCUUUCAUCGAUUCCGGCUGAUAAUCCGCAGUGAGACAGCUAAUAACACGGCAGUGGCAAUUUGUGCAGUUGUGCGACGAUCAAAUUGAUUUUAUGGUCACCGUCCCUCGUUAUCGUCGGUUAUUGUUUUUCUAAUUGUUUCCGUCAUUAGUGCAGUGCUUCGACUACGAGCGGACAUUCGCUGUUUUUUUCGGAGCUACAAUUUCGACGGAAAUCUUUCCGAGUUUUCGAAACUGAUUAAAUCGCUUUUUCGGUGGUCUCGCGAUUGCAGAGUGACCCGACUCACAGGGGGUGAAAUCUCAGCCGAUGUGAAGUUGGAAAUCGCAAAAUUCACCAAACUGUGCAAUCGAUCGGUGAUAAGCCGAAAGCAACAUUAUCAACCGAGAAACAGGAUGUCCGAAGCUCAGAUUAUGCAAAUUGUAUGGUUUUCCAGGAGCUUAUAAUUCUUAAAGUCAUCAUGAAGAGUGCGUUUACCGUUCCUAAAAUACGCAGUUUUAAGUCGUAAUUUGCACGGAAACUUUUGAACUGAUUUUGGGGGUUCAAUAUUGCGUUCAAAGGUAAAUUUUUAAGAAUGCAAAACCUCUUGAGGGCGAUUGGCUACCUUAGUGCUUGGAACUUUUAAAUAAUUUUCAAACGUUCCAGGUGGUUAAUUCGUACGGAAAUUUUUGAAUUGAUUUUGGGGGUUCAGUAAUUCGUUCGAGGGUGAAUUUUUAAGAAUGCAAAGUUUUUUGGGGGCGAUCGGCUACCUUGGCUCGGAACUUUUAAAUAAUUUUUAAACGUUGCAGGUGGGAUAUUUUGAUUCGAAAAAUGUGGAGCCCUCGGGGUAAGUGCGAUCACCGUUGCGGUUCGGCGUUCUAAGUCAUUACUUUCGGAUGCCAGCGGGGGUUGACAAUUCGGGGCGCGGAAAUGCGGGGGCGUGCGGCGGCCGUGGCCGUUUCGAGGCGGGAUGUGAGCUUUUUCGGGCGGGGGUGGCUCGCGGCUCCGUUCAAUUAGCCGCGGCUCUAAAUGUCGCGCAUUGUUUUCGUGAAAUGUCGCCGUGGCAGGUUGAAUUAGUGGCCCGCGCCCGGGUACAUAUUUAAUGAGCGGGGGUAGUUUUGAAUUAGUGCAGUGCCGGUUGCGUGCCGCUCGGCGGAAGGCGCAGCUUCCGCGCUUCAUUUGAUUUCUGAUUCCUGUGGAUUAUGUCGUCUUGAAAUAUUCAACGCCAUGGUAAUAUUCUGGCCGGACGCUUCCUUGGCCGCCCCUGCUAGAGCAACUCUCUUCCUCUGCUGCUGCGCUUUCCUCCAGAAUACUAAAGGACUACCUCGUGUGGAUUUUUCAAACACCGCCAACACAAUUAACAGCACGAACUUGUUCCCGUAUUUCGAUUUGAACGUCGAGAGGAACGUGACGACUGCCGUGGGUCAAACGGCUUUUUUACACUGUAGAGUGGAGCAUCUAGGCGAUAAAUCGGUAUCGUGGAUUAGGAAAAGGGAUUUACAUAUCCUGACAGCGGGUGUCCUAACGUAUACGACGGACCAAAGGUUCCUCGUGAUUAGGCCGGACAAGUCCGAGAAUUGGACUCUGUCGAUAAAAUUCCCUCAACUGAGGGACUCCGGCAUCUACGAGUGUCAAGUUAGCACCGAGCCCAAGAUGAGUCUAGCUUUCAGCCUUAAUGUUAUAGAAUCGAAAGCGAAGAUCCUGGGCCCGUCGGAGGUGUACAUCAAGUCGGGCUCGGAGCUGACGCUGACGUGCGUCAUCAGUCAGGGGCCGCACAACUUGGGCACCAUCUUCUGGUACCGCGGCGAGCGCCUCGUCCACGACGACGGCCAGCGACGGCUCACCAUCGACACCCGGUGGACCGACGGCUUCACCUCCGAGCUCCACAUAUCCCGCGCCCUCGGCUCCGACACCGGCAACUACACCUGCCGACCCACCUCCGCUGAGGCCACCUCCGUCAACGUCCACGUCAUCAACGAUGAGCAUCCGGCCGCAAUGCAGCACGGUAAUAGGAGUGCCGGCAGCACGAACCUUUCUCUCCAAUGUCUUUUGUACAGUAUAGCAGUGAUUAUGACCAAUAAACUUGUUAACAGAUGAAGCUAA